CUGACAGAAUAGGAACAAGCUUGGCGGAUUCUGCAAAACAGAGCAGCAUCUGUGUCAGCUCCUCUGCCUCUCUCUUUCUCUGAAAGCCCAAAGUUCCUCCUCUUCCUCAUCUCUCUCUGUCUCUGUCUCUGUCUCUCACUUUUGUAUCUAUAAUAGUCACAGAGCUCCUCUGCUUCUGAGAUAGAACAGAGCAGAGAAGGAGAGGAAAAGGAGAGGGAAUGGCAGGAAUUGCAGGGACUUGCUCCGCGGGAGUGCUGCCAAGGGGCAGAGAGUCGGGGGCCAUUAGCAGGGCUUCUUCCCUGGUUCAGUACAAUGGACUCAGACCAGUGGAUAGUGUGAAAAUGGCGGUUACUUCUUCGGUUUCAGCAAAUGGAAUUGUGUCUUCUGCGUCUGCUCAAAAAUGUGGGAGGAUCAAGGCCAUGGCCUCCCCAACUGGCUUGGCUCCGAAGAAAGAGAAGGAUCCAAAGAAACGGGUUGUUAUAACGGGGAUGGGCCUUGUCUCGGUCUUUGGAAAUGACAUCGGCACAUUCUACAACAAGCUCCUCGAAGGAGAGAGUGGGAUCAGCCUCAUCGAUCGGUUCGAUGCCUCGAAUUUCUCUGUGAGGUUUGCUGGUCAGAUCCGUGAUUUCUCCUCCAAGGGAUACAUUGAUGGGAAGAAUGACCGCCGCCUUGAUGACUGCUGGCGGUACUGCUUGGUUGCAGGCCAAAGAGCCCUCGAUGAUGCCAACCUCGGAAGUGAAGUUCUUGAAACCAUGGACAGGACAAGGAUAGGAGUUCUAGUCGGAUCAGGAAUGGGAGGGCUAACAGCUUUCAGCAACGGAGUCGAAGCGCUUAUCCAAAAGGGGUACAAGAAGAUAACCCCAUUCUUUAUUCCUUACUCUAUCACCAACAUGGGCUCAGCUCUCUUGGCUAUAGAUACCGGGCUAAUGGGCCCGAACUACUCCAUCUCGACUGCUUGUGCCACUGCGAACUACUGCUUCUAUGCGGCUGCCAAUCACAUCAGGAGAGGCGAGGCCGAUAUCAUGGUGGCUGGAGGGACUGAAGCUGCAGUCGUGCCCACUGGGGUGGGAGGGUUCAUUGCUUGCCGAGCUUUGUCACAGAGGAAUAAGGACCCUAAGAAGGCUUCGAGACCUUGGGACCAGGAUCGCGAUGGUUUCGUCAUGGGAGAAGGGUCUGGUGUUCUGAUUAUGGAGAGCCUAGAGCAUGCUAUGAAGAGAGGAGCCAAUAUCAUUGCUGAGUAUCUGGGAGGAGCCAUAACUUGUGAUGCCCAUCACAUGACCGAGCCUCGAUCGGAUGGCCUCGGUGUUUCAUCUUGCAUCAGCAAGAGCUUAGAAGAUGCUGGUGUUUCCCCUGAAGAGGUGAACUAUGUUAAUGCCCACGCAACAUCAACCCUAGCUGGGGACUUAGCUGAGGUCAAUGCGAUAAAAAAGGUGUUUAAGGACACGUCCGAGAUGAAGAUGAAUGGUACCAAGUCAAUCAUUGGGCAUGGACUUGGGGCUGCAGGCGGCCUCGAAGCGAUCGCGACUAUAAAAGCUAUCACCACUGGAUGGGUUCAUCCUACCAUUAACCAAGAUAAUUUGGAGCCCUCUGUUACUAUCGACACGGUCCCGAAUGUGAAGAAAAAGCAUGAAGUUAAUGUCGCUAUAUCGAACUCCUUUGGCUUUGGUGGGCACAACUCGGUUGUUGUCUUCGCUCCUUUCAAGCCUUGAGUGACGAAAUCAAAUGCAAUCGAGCAACAGUUCUCUUCUCUAGGGAAUAUAUUCUUGAGGUUCUAUCAGGGAGCAUAAACAGUCGGCAAGGAUGACAGGAGAAAAUUGCUGUGAAAAAAUUGCUGUGAGGAGUACUAUGUUCCUUUCCGUUCCUUCAACUGUUUCCGACAUUCUUCAUAUCCUCACCGAGAUUUAUCACGAAUUUGGUGAUUCUGAUUGAAUAAAAGUUGUCAGUUUUUUCCCUUCUGAUGAA